ACAUUGAGGUCAGUGACGUCAACAACAUAACAUAACAACAUGGAUGAUACUGCACAGAGGGAGUACAGGCAGAAAAUUAAUUAGGUCAUACUCAGUGGGUUACAGUAGGCUGGCAGAACUAACAUUUAGCGGAGCCAUACACUGUUCAGCUGAAACUAACUGAAUGAAAGCAAACUAACUGAAACUAAAACAUGGAACCAUAAACUGACUUUAUCGUCGUAUUCUGAACUUCAUGACAAGACACAACGACAAGAAUAACCAUGUUUAAUUUCCUUGGACUGCGUAAAGACUCAAAGAAGUCAACACCCGACAAGGAAGUAGAUGGAGGCUUCGUUAUCAUUGGAGAGACAGUUGAAGAACAGAGGAGGAAGAUACAGACCAUGAACAUCGCACAACCAUCAACGAACGUUGUAGUGCAGCCAGCAAAGUCAUCCUACACAGCUCCGGCUCAACCUGACGACAGAAAGCUCCCCACAGCUUUUCCUACCACUGAGCCUGUAGCAGGGCCCUCUGCAGUGGAAGCUACUUCUGCUCUCCCGGACGUACUCGGGGACGUCCCCUUCACUUUGGCUCCUCAUGUCCUGACCAUGCAGGCAGGAUUCCCCCUCAUUCCUGAUGUGCUGCUGUCCCGGGACAUUAACUACAACCUGGCUAAUUUUCAGUAUGACUUCACAUUAGAGAACUCUGUGCUUCAUAAUGCCUAGUUUUUUGGAAUUUUAAUAUCAGGACUGUCAUCAGGAGUUAACACUGUGGAGAAGAAUUAUGAAGAAAUAAAAGCUCAGUAAAAUUACAUCCAAUAUAUUUAAAAAAGUUGUAGAACUGCAAAGCAGUGAAUUUCUUUAGCUAAGUCCCUGUCCCUGCUCUUUAAUUUGAAAGUGGAGCCAUGGAAAUUAAAUGAAAUUAGUACUGAUGACUGAGAGCAACAACAGAUAUGACAGUAUCUGAACUGAAUGGACUUGUGGUUGCUCCUUGUUGUGUUGCUCUCAGUGUGAACACUCACAGGAAGUACAGUGCAGUAUAAUGAUGUCUGACUGUGAAGAGGAUAUGUAGGGUUAAGCCAAAAAUGAACACACCUGAAAUGUCGGUAUUAAUCCAUCACUGAUCAAAGUGUAACCAAGAGGUUGGUCAACAAACUGUGAUAAAUGGUUUACAAUGUUGAUGUUUUAUAAGGGGCAGUCAGGGUAAGGAUUUUACCAUUCCCCUUUGUUUCCUCUUCCAAAUAAGUUUGACUAACCUUGUUCAAUCUAUUUGCCCAUCUGAUUUCCUUUUGCUAGACUUCUGCCACCCACCCCGACCCUGACAGCUCCAGACAAAGUAUCAGGUUUUUGGCCUGUUUGCUGUAAACAGCUUUGGGCCUUGGGUUGGGUUUGUGUUUGGUUAUUUUCAAAUUCAUACAACAAAUUCAAAUUUAACUCACUUGUCUGGCUCUGUGUGUGUUUUUUGUUGCAAGUAGUUACUCAAUGCCCAGAGGGAGUAGGAAAAGGCAGACGUGGCCAAUGCAUUGCAUUAGCGUCAAGCAAAAAUCCAGCUCCAUGUCUCGGGUUGAGUUUAGGUCAGUACCAGUCAGGUUCUGAUGAGUUGGGUUGUAAAUGUAUACAGGCUGGUUUUGGGUCUCAGUGCAGAACUUUCCAAACUGCUGCUGUCUUUUUCCCAACCAGAAUUUUUAGUGAUGCCUCCAUUUUGCUAGAGCCUCCACAAUUAUUAUUUAAUUAUAAAAAAAAAUUACUUUGAAAGUACAAUCCUUUUAUUCCAGAUAUGCAUGGUGGCCCAACUACAACAACAUUUCAAAUGCUAUGAGAAAAAAAUCCUCUUUAUUUGAGCUCAUUUUAGGACGUAGCACCUGGAUGACAAUGCAAUAACUUUAUUCAAAACUUUGUACGUAGAUCAUGAAUGACAGGAAAAAAAAAGCCUACCUCCCUGAGUUAAACCCAAGUCUUCAAUAGAAUCACUGGCUUCAAAGUACUGAUUCAUGUCAGGAUGUGAAUCAUAUUACUGUAGGAGAUGCAACACGUGGAGAUUGAUUGAAUGAUAAAGUGAAAAUGUGCAGUAAGAAUAUUUUUACUAAUGACAGCUCUUGCGUCAUAAUUUGAUACCAUUUAUACUGUAUAAUUGCAAGCAGCAGCAACACUUAAAACAAUGAAUGUCUUGACUGUCUUAUAACUGUAAUUCCCUACAAAUGACCACCAUGCUUGCAUUUUGCUCCUUGAAUAUGGCCUUCCUUUUAAUCCAACAUAUUUCUCUGCCAUCAUUAAUUAAUUGUUUUAUUUAUUCUGUCUACAUUUUCCAUUAGUCUUUGCUUUCUUCUGUUUAUUGAACACACUUUUCAUUAGAAUGCAGUCAAUAAUACACGCCGUUAGUUCUGACUUUGCUCAGUAUACAGUUUGUGCACUAGUUCUAGAGUGUCUUUUCCCCAAGCAUUGUUAGUGCCUGGCCUUUAUUUAUUUUUUUUCGCUGGUUACUGCCAGUAUCUGAAUAUCAGCUUUCAUUUGACAGUUUGUGGUAUUUAAAUCUUAGAGAAAUCUUAGUUAUCUCUUGUGCUUUGUUGCUGGUUAACACUGUAAAAAAUGUAGAGGAUUUCACCUCAUCAUUCAUUCAUCUGUAGUUCUUGUUUUGAGUACUAUUGUCCUAGAUUGAUGUGUGCAUCUCGACUUGAAUCAUGUUCUCAACAGACUACAUGAAGUUGGCUGUACUGAUGCCUUCACCGGGGUGAUGUCCUACUUUUCUUUUGAGUUAUUUUGAUACAUUUUUACAUUGAGCACAGAAUCCUCUCUGAAAAGAGGAAAUGUGUUUGCAUAGAGUCAUGAAUUUACCCAGGAAUACUGUAUUUGAACCUUUGAUUGUUUCUACAUGAUCAAAUUUGGUCUCCAAACCUGUUGUGCCUUUAAUAAGCAGUCCAUUUACCUGUCAAAUCAAAGCUUAGAAGCAGACAUCCAUCUUUUAAGGCUGUCCAUCUUUUCCCUCUCACUAAAAUUCUUUCAUGAACUAUCCUAUUCCCUGAAUUUAAGUAUCUGUUGAUGCUGGUAUUGUGUUCUCUUUGUUGUGACUGUAACAGCAACUUACUUUACAAAUAAAUUGAAAGAACGUUGUUUAA